CAUCACUCACUGCGGGACAGCCAGCAUCUAUCACGGCAAAGAAAGGCUAGCUAGCUGCUUGCUCCGAUCCUGUGCUGUGCUCCCUCGCGCCGGCCGGCUGGAUCUAGUGUAGAUACGAGCUAGCUGCCAAAGGCAGCACAAAAAUCUCCAGGAAAAACCAGCAGCUAUAGCGGCCGGCCGUCGGAGCUCGGAGGCAAGGCAAUUAUGGAGGGGCCGCUCGGCUGCUGGGGACGGCAGGAGGAGGUGGACGGGUGGAGGAAGGGCCCCUGGACCAGCCAGGAGGACAAGCUCCUCGUCGACCAUGUCAGGCAGCACGGCGAAGGGAGGUGGAACUCCGUCUCCAAGAUUGCAGGGCUCAAGAGGAGUGGCAAGAGCUGCAGGCUGCGGUGGGUCAACUACCUGAGACCAGAUCUGAAACGGGGUAAGAUCACACCCCAAGAGGAGAGCAUUAUAGUCCAGCUCCAUGCUUUGUGGGGAAACAGAUGGUCGACGAUCGCUCGCAGCCUCCCUGGCAGGACGGACAACGAGAUCAAGAACUACUGGAGGACGCACUUCAAGAAGGGCAAGCCGUCCAAGAACAUCGAGCGCGCCAGAGCGCGGUUCCUCAAGCAGCGGCAGGAAAUGAUGCAACAGCAGCAGCAGCAGUCUCUUAUUGUUGGGCAGCAGCUUAACGAGGACGGGGACCAGCGACGCGGCACGUGCUGCACCGGCACCGGCGCCACGGCCGACGACGACGACCGUGGCAGCGCAACCGGCGGCGAUGCGUGCGCGGCGCCGACGACGACGACGGUAGCCACCGAAGCGGCCGGGGACCUGACGACGAUCAUGCAUGACGACGACGCCAUGGACUGCUUCAUCAUGUGCCCCAUGUCCUGCGACGACCUCGGCCUCGUCCUCCACGGCGCCGCCGCCGGCGGGCAGCGCGGCGGCACCGGCAGCUGCUGCGGCUCCACGGCCAGCGACGAGUACCGGUCCAGCGAGGAGGACGGCGGCGCCACGUGGGGCAGCCUGUGGAACCUCGACGGCGCCGGGGAGGUGUGCACGCUGUGGUAGAGAGAGAUCGAUUCGCUAACCUGCAGACGUACAGCUGAUCGUCGUCGUGUUACUGGUGUAGCCGUGGUGUGGUGCCGCUAGCUGGUGGAUAAGGACGGAACGGAACAACUACGACCGUACGUCCACUUUGCAGCCGCAUCACUGCAUCAGCAGCUAGCUAUACCGCCGCCUCAGCAGAUGACACGUUAAAGCUCCGGUCCGGCCGGGGAACUUUCUUAGCUUUAUAUAUGCUGAUAUGCAUGGAAAAGAAGCAAGUUUUUUUUUCCGGUAGCGAGGAGGGUGUGAAUUACCCAAAUCGAUAUAUUUUGAUUGUUUGUUUGCAACCAGGCAUCAUAUAUUCAUAUAUGCAUGCAUGCACGCACCGAGUGUAAAGUGUAAAUUUACGUGUAUGAACAACCUUCAU